UCACACACCACAGGGCAGAUAGGGCCUGAAAACCACACACCUGGAAGGUACGCAUUAGAAGCAUGGAUUUAAAAAGCCUUUUUGUGGUAGCCCAGUUUAUAAAGGCAAGAUGUGCCCAUGGUAUGACGGCAGGAAAGGCCAAAAAGGAUAAGAAUUAUAUUUUCUAUGAGGUGGAGAUUCAGGAUUCCAAGAAGUUGAAGCUUUGCUACUUGGACAAGGUGGAACCUAAUGCCACUAUUGGAGAGAUCAAGUGUCUAUUAUAUAAGAUCUAUCCCAAAUGGUACCCAGCCAGACAGGCUUUGUCACUUCACCCAGAUGGGGAGUCCCUGAAGGAUGAUGAGGUAUUGGAGAAUCUACCGGUGGGAACCACGGUAACAAUGUUCUUCCACGACCUGGGACCGCAGCUGGGGUGGACCAUGGUGUUUCUGACGGAGUGCAUCGGACCUCUCUUCAUCUACCUUUUGUUCUUCCUCCAUCUCAUCAACGUCUACGAGCAGAAAGAUGACUAUACCUCCAAUCCCUGCUCAGUGGUCACGCUGGCGUGUGUGUGUCACUGUUUCCACUACUUCAGAAGGCUGUUGGAAACCGUCUUCAUUCAUCGCUUCUCAGACGGCACCUUGCCACUGCAAACCAUCAUGAGGAACUGCCUGUACUACUGGGGAUUUUCUGCUUGGUUAGCCUACUACAACCAUCAACCACCAUGUCUACCACUCCCAACAAAUCCUAAUCUCCAAGUCUACUCUGCGUUGGUGGUGUUUAUGCUCUGUGAAGCUGGAAACUUCUCAAUUCAUUUGGCUCUCAAUAACUUGGGCUGUAAUGGUCUGAGGCCCAAGCGGAUCCCUUACCCCACCAGGAACCCCUUCACAUGGCUCUUCUUCUUCGUGUCAUGUCCCAACUACACCUAUGAGGUGGGGACGUGGUUGAGUUUCUCCAUCAUGACACAGUGUGUUCCAGUGGCCCUGUUCACGUUGCUGGGCUUCAUCCAGAUGACUAUCUGGGCACGGGGAAAACACAAGAUGUACACCAGAGAGUUUACAGACUACCCUGAACUAAGAUCAGCUAUCAUCCCUUUGUUCCUUUGAGCCAGCCAGGGUUAACAACAAGAUCCUUAAUUAUACCCCUGUUCCUUAAUUAUACCCCUGUUCCUUAAUUAUACCCCUGUUCCUUAAUUAUACCCCUGUUCCUUAAUAAGGGUUGCAAAAAAUUCUGCUAACUUGUCACCAAAUCCCCAGUUUUUCCCAGAAAUCCCAGUUCUAAAUUCCACGUAAUCAGAUGGAAAUAAGCAAGGAAAUCUGUAAUCGUCCAACCAGGAUUUCUGGAACACCUGGGAAUUUUGGGUAAAUGACCAAAAUUGUGCGCAAACCUAUUAGCUAUACUUUUGGCCAGAGCCACAUCGGCCUCUUGCCAAAUGUAGUGUACUACAUAGGGAAUAGAAUGCUAUUUUAGACAGACCCAUUGCAUACUCUACUACAGUUAGAGAAAGCAGUGUACUGGACACUGUGGUAAUAGUGCACCUGUAGGGGAUAUGAUGUGGCUCUGGCCAAAAGGAGUGACACUAUAUGGGGGGGACAACAGAUACCCAGUCACUAAGCGAGCUGUAUAUAAAUGAACUUUGUGACAGCCUCUCGGUCAGAAUAGGGUUACAAGGCCUCACUCAGGCCUCAUCACUCAACUCUACACUAAAAGUGUACAUUUGUAGCAAGGUUAUGGGUUUACACAGAGACUGUUUUUUUUAUGAGUUAGGAUGAAUGUACUGCAAAGUGUGGAAUGAUACAAUAGAUUGGUUUGAU